UGCUUAUCGGAAGUUUUAAAAUGACUGUGUAUUUCAAAACCUUGACUCAACUACAUGUACUACACUGGGGUUGUCGUGAUGGGUACAUGUGCAUGAUUACGUAAUACUUCUCAAAGUAGUAAGCAAGGAAAAGAAUUAAGAUGAAUAAGAAAGAAAGUUGAACCUUGUCGAGACGAAUUCCGCAUACACAAAAGUACGCUGCAGCUCGAUAGAAAUUAAGAAGUCUGGUCGAGGUUAAAAAUGAAACGAGGUAGAAAUGCAAAAUUGGGGCCGAAUGUUGAAGUUAAGAAAAGAGCCCGGAUUGGGGUGACUGAACAUGAAAAUGUUAAAGAAGCAAAAGAUGAGGAAGAAAUCCUGAAAAAUAUCAAGAUACAUCCCUUAUUGCAAAUGCCAUUGGGCACACAGAAAAUGGGUCAAGAUGAUAAUGAUAUUAGUGAUAAAAAAAGAAGCAGUAAAACGGUACCGAAAAUCAAGAACCCUUUGUUGAGCGAUUGGAAGCAACGUGAUGGUUUCACUAUCAACCCAUACAUCGACCAGUCUGACUUAUCGAUUGUGCCAGAAAGGAAGAGCAGAGCACUAAGAAUCAAUGAGCCUGGUAAACAGAUUGAACGGGCCAACAAUCUGCGACAGCGGGCUAAGCAAGAAAGGCUGGAAUUGGAACAUCAGGAAGAGCUAAAGAAGAAAAACCUCGUUCCAGACGAACGUAUCGGGGAGGAUAGAUACGGUGACGAAUUUGCGGAACCACCGCCAUACAUUGAAUGGUGGGAUGUGCCUUUUUUGAAAAACGGUAUGCGCCGAGGAUGCAGAUACGAAGGCUGCGGAGAGGAGGUUGUUACAUACAAGGAUGAAAAUAGUGAGGACAAUCCGAUUACAAGUUACAUACAGCAUCCUGUUCCGAUUGAGGCUCCAUGGGAGAGAUUGAUACCAACUCCGAAACCGUUGUUUUUGACAAAGCAGGAGCAAAAGCGGUUGCGGAAAAACCGGAGGAUGCUUUUGAUGAAGGAAAAGCAAGACCGAAUUAAGCUUGGGUUGGAUGCGGCGCCGAAACCAAAAGUGAAGUUGAAGAACCUUAUGAAUGUCUUGACAAAUGAGACGAUUCGAAAUCCAACAGAAGUCGAGAUGCGGGUUCGGCAAGAGAUCCAGGAGCGUGCCGAUGAGCAUGAGCGGAUGAACGCAGAGAGAAAAUUGAACAAGGAGGAGAGAAGACACAAGGUCGAACAAAAGGUAGAGCAAGACCGUAGCCGUGGGAUAUACAGCUGUGUUUUUGUUGUGCAGCGUUUGGUCAACCCGAAGCACCUCUACAAGGUGGACAUGAAUGCGAAGCAGCUCAUGCUCACGGGUGCAUGUUUGCGGUUGAGGCGGGGGAGGAGUCUGGUCAUAGUGGAAGGGGGGCUCAGGGGUGUGGAGAAGUACAAGAGCCUCAUGAUGCGGAGGAUCAACUGGACGGCCAACGAGAGCCCCAGGACGAAAGACGGGGACAGCCCUACCACCGCUCCGGGUCCAGGUCCGGCUCUGCUGCUGGAGGACUUGAGCGACAACCGGUGUGACAGGGUGUGGGAGGGAGAGGUUCCCGAGGCGAGGUUCCACAAGUGGACAGAGUACACGUUUGAGUCCGACGAGGCGAUCAUCGAGUUCUUGAGCAAGUACAAGCUGGAGAACUACUGGCGGCAGAGCGUGUAUCUGGAGCAGGAGGACGCCUAGCGACGCCGCAUGGCGGGUGCUUGUCCUGUGUAUUAGAGGGGUGUGUGGAAUUAACAUAUAUACAGAAGGUCGACAGUCAACUAACUAAGUAAUCCAUUAGCUAACGCUUAUUCCUGGACCUUGGCCAAGAUCUCGGAAUCUCUCAUCAAGAGGUACUCCUCCUUCUCGAUGUUGAUUGGCGAGCCGCCAUGCGGAGGAAGCAGGACCUUGUCGCCUGCCUGGACGGAUGGCUUGAUGAGCUCGCCGUUCUGCGAGGUGAAGCCUGGCCCGACAGCGA